AUGUCUAUCUAUCUAUCUAUCUAUCUAUCUAUCUAUCUAUCUAUCUAUCUAUCUUACACUUUUCUUAAAUCGGUAUCUAUCUAUCUAUCUAUCUAUCUAUCUAUCUAUCUAUACCUGCCUUAUUGUUUCGACUAUCCAUUCUUUUUUACUUUUUCAGAACAUCUUUCUUCUUUUCUUUCUUUCUUUCUUUCUUUCUUUGAUUCAAUUUCUAACUUUAUGUCUUGUCUCGCCUCUCUCAUCUUCUCACCUUUCUUUCUUUCUUUCUUUCUUUCUUUCUUUCUUUCUUUCUUUGAUGCAAUUUCAAACUUUAUGUCUUGUCUCGCCUCUCUCGUCUUUUCACCUUUCUUUCUUUCUUUUUCCUUUCUUUCUUUCUUUCUUUCUUUCUUUCUUUCUUUCUUUCUUUCUUUCUUUGCCGCUUCUCCUUCUUUCAGUAUUUCCUUUUCCUUUUCGUCCUACUUUUAUCGGUUUCAUCCAUUUCUCCUAUUUAUCUAUUCAUUCAUUCUUUCUUUCUUUUUUGAACUUUCGUCUCUCGUCCUUUCUCUUUCAUUUCAUCCAUUUCUUUCUUUCUUUCUUUCUUUUUUAACGUCGUCUCUCUCGUCCUUUCUCUUUCAUUUCGUCCAUUUCUUUCUUUCAUUUCAUCCAUUUCUUUCUUUCUUUUUUCGUCUCUCUCGUCCUUUUCCUUUCAUUUCAUCCAUUUCUUUCUUUCAUUUCAUCCAUUUCUUUCUUUCUUUCUUUCUUUCUUUUUUAACUUCGUCUCUCUCGUCCUUUCUCUUUCAUUUCAUCCAUUUCUUUCUUUCUUUCUUUUUUAACUUCGUCUCUCUCGUCCUUUCUCUUUCAUUUCAUCCAUUUCUUGCUUUCUUUCUUUCUUUUUUAACUUCGUCUCUCUCGUCCUUUCUCUUUCAUUUCGUCCAUUUCUUUCUUUCUUUCUUUUUUAACUUCGUCUCUCUCGUCCUUUCUCUUUCAUUUCGUCCAUUUCUUUCUUUCAUUUCAUCCAUUUCUUUCUUUCUUUUUUAA